CCACUAUCUUGCAAGUUGCAACGUCUGGUAGCAACACCAGCAUCCUGUGCUAUCCACAUGGUCAUCCGUAUGCUCUAUAUGCUUUGUCUCAAUAGCGCUAUUCUCUAAUCCGAUCACGCGAUGACGUCGCUCAAUCAAUCCGGGGACACCAAGUUCACCGUGUUUAUUCGCCUCCCCUUCCCCAGGGGUGACUUUGUGGAUCCUCCACCGGUCGAAUGGAACGCUGCAAAAGACCAGGCGCUCUGGGAUAUUCUCUCCCGUCUUCCCAAGGGAGAUGAUUUAGACUGUAAGGCGCUAGCCGAUCGGUUCGAUGUGACACUGCAGUUCCUGCUACAACAGGCAGCAUGGCUCUACGACCGCCAGCUAUCGCAGGUCCGUGCACAGAUGCUCAAAGUGCCCACGCAAUCGAACCCUGCCUCUCCAGCUCCCGGUGGUUCAGUGUCGGGCAGCAUGGCUCAGGUCCAAGAGACGAAAAAUGCCAGUAAUGCAGGCCCUCGAGCCCCUUCUCGCCUCUCAUUACAGCAGAAAGAUACUCUCCCACAACGAGCUCCUUUACCGCGACGUACCAGCUCAACAACUACUGUCAACCAGGUAAAGAAUUACCGGGAAGCAUUCCGCAACAAUACUCCCGUUGCGGAGCCAAAAGAGCCCAGUCGAGAAACUUAUGCUCGACAUCCAGUUGGCAAGCGGGAGCAGGUUGCGGCGCCAUCGGCUCCGAAAUCCCCUGCUCUUGAAGAUGAUAUAACAUCCAGCUCAUCGGAAUCGGAAUCAGAAUCCGACGAUGAUAAGUUCGGAAGUCGUUACGGACUGAGAUUCAGGCCUCCAUUUGGGACAUUCUCGACCCACAGACCUGGUUUUAGAGACGACGAGGAGGAUGACGACGAGUCUCCUGCUUUUAUUCCAGAACCUGGUAGAGAACCUCAUGAGACAUCUCAAGAUGGUCUCGAUAAUACGUUGCGGACCGGGGACCUUGCUGGCUCACACCGACGCCCACCAGCCCACCCUUCGAGAACACCAAAGACAACGGAAUCGUCCGCGAGCUCUGCCAGUUCUGGAGUCCCAGUUGCACACCCGCGGCGGAUGAUUCAUAGCGGGCCACUAAGUCCGAGAAGGCAUGCGGAACUAUCUCAUUUGAGUCCACGACAAUCUCUGGCUUUAAGGCGGGAUGCAAGCGAUGGCACUCCUAGCAUGGGAAGCAGCUAUAGUGACCUUGAUGAUGCGAGCGUCACGCAGUCCGCACUUGAGGAAGCUUUUAUGAGCAACAUGCAGCAUGGUGGAAUGGCGAGCCGUAUGAGUAUACUCAGUCAGGCAAUCCGGAGUAAAUAUUUGUCACGGGCGGAGGAUAGGUUCUCAUAGUUUAUGUAACUAUGAGGAUGAGUGCAGCUAUAUUCCAAAGGAAU